AGCCGGAGAGUGCGCGUGCGCUCACGGGGCUCAUGACGUCUCCGGUGCGAGCAGACGGGCUCUAUCCAUCUACUACACCGAGAAGGAGAGCGAGUACGUCAGUACACCACAGAACAGCCCGAAGGGACGCUCGACAAGGAAGAAGUGACCAGUCCCUUCAAAUAAUCAAGUGAAACACCGGAGAACGAGCGCGUGCUGUUGUUUUCCCCUCAUUCGCAGUAUAAGUCACGCCGGAGCACGUCACUAUGACAACGUUUGGACUUUCCAUAGUAGCCUUCUUCAUCUCUGUAGGUGCUCAGUAGAGGCAAUAAUAAUCUCUCCGGUCGUGCAAGGACUGUCGCUUGUCAAGCCUAGAAGAAGACCGCAGAAUGGAAAAGAGACUUGGUACGAUGAUCAGCUAGCGUCUUAUACAGCGAUCUUCAAGCUUAGAGGAGAAACCGAAGACAGCGCACCUGGAGCGGCUCGAGCAGAAUGGAUUUCAGCACCAUCCGGAACCUCAUCACCAGAUACUGUACAGGAGAGGAGAACUGGGUGGACAGCAGGACGGUUUAUAUUGGGCAUAAAGAGCCUCCACCAGGAACAGAAGCCUACAUUCCACAGAGAUUUCCUGACAACAGAAUCGUCUCCUCGAAGUAUACGUUCUGGAAUUUUAUACCGAAGAACCUCUUUGAGCAGUUCCGAAGAAUCGCCAAUUUCUAUUUUCUGAUCAUCUUUCUAGUGCAGCUGAUCAUUGAUACACCCACCAGUCCUAUGACCAGCGGCCUGCCUCUUUUCUUUGUCAUCACAGUCACAGCCAUUAAACAGGGGUACGAGGACUGGAUCAGGCACAAAGCGGACAACUCUGUAAACCAAUGUCCGGUCCACAUCGUCCAGCAUGGCAAAGUCGUACGCAAACAGAGUCAGAAGCUACGGGUAGGGGAUAUUGUCCAGGUGAAAGAGAAUGAGACGUUUCCUUGUGACCUCAUACUGCUGUCCACCAGUAGAGAAGAUGGGACGUGUUUCGUCACGACAGCCAGCUUAGAUGGAGAGUCCAGCCAUAAGACCUAUUAUGCAGUUCAGGACACAAAAGCCUUCAGCACAGCAGAGGAGGUGGACACGCUGCACGCCACCAUAGAAUGCGAACAACCCCAGCCAGACCUGUACAAAUUUGUGGGACGCAUCAAUAUUUAUUUGGAUCGAGACGAGCCCAUCGCGAGACCUCUGGGUUCUGAGAAUCUGCUGCUACGUGGAGCCACACUGAAAAACACAGAAUACAUACAUGCUGUGGCCAUUUACACGGGCAUGGAAACCAAGAUGGCCCUUAACUACCAGUCCAAGUCUCAGAAACGCUCCGCUGUUGAAAAGUCUAUGAACGCCUAUCUGAUUGUGUACCUCUGCAUUCUGAUCAGUAAAGCUCUGAUCAAUACUGUCCUGAAGUAUGUCUGGCAGGCCGACCCGAACAGAGAUGAGCCCUGGUACAACCAGAGGACUGAGUCUGAGAGGCAACGACAUGUAUUAAUCCGGGCUUUCACAGACUUCCUGGCCUUCAUGGUUCUGUUUAACUACAUCAUUCCUGUGUCUAUGUACGUGACGGUGGAGAUGCAGAAGUUCCUGGGCUCCUACUUUAUCCUGUGGGACGACGACAUGUUUGAUGAGGAGGUUGGAGAAAGGCCGCUGGUCAAUACCUCGGACCUCAAUGAGGAGCUUGGACAGGUGGAAUAUGUGUUCACUGAUAAGACAGGCACUUUGACAGAAAAUAACAUGGAGCUGAGGGAGUGUUGCGUGGAUGGACAUGUCUAUGUGCCACAUGCCAUCUGUAAUGGGCAGAUCUUACCUGGAGCUGCUGGAAUGGAUAUGAUUGACUCCUCUCCAGGUGUAGAGGGAAAGGAGCGAGAGGAGCUGUUUUUUCGUGCGCUGUGCCUGUGCCACACUGUCCAGGUAAAGGAAGAGGAGACGGUCGACGGCAUUAAGAGAGGAAUACAUCAGGGCAAAGCCACAUCUUUCUAUAUCUCCUCUUCCCCAGACGAGGUUGCGCUGGUGGAGGGCAUGAAAAGAUUGGGCUUCACCUACCUCCGUCUGAAGGACAGUCACAUGGAGAUCCUUAACAGAGAGGAUGAGAUGGAGAGAUUUGAGCUGCUGGAUGUGUUAAACUUUGAUUCGGUGAGGAGGAGAAUGAGUGUAAUCGUACGAUCAAACUCGGGCGAGUACUACUUGUUCUGUAAAGGUGCCGAUUCCUCUGUUUUCCCACGGGUGGUUUCUGGGAAGGUGGAGCAGGUCAGAGCGCGAGUCGAGCACAACGCUGUGGAAGGUUUACGGACCCUCUGUGUGGCUUAUAAGAGACUGUCUCAGGAGGAGUAUGAAGAGACGUGUCGUCUGCUCACCAGCGCUAAACUAGCUCUGCAGGAGCGCGACAAGAAACUGGCUGAAGCUUACGAUGUCAUUGAAAAGGAUUUCAUCCUGCUGGGAGCCACGGCUGUGGAAGAUAGGCUGCAGGAUAAAGCUGCCGACACCAUUGAGUCCCUCCAUAAGGCUGGCAUUAAAGUUUGGGUUCUGACAGGAGACAAAAUGGAGACGGCGGCAGCCACAUGCUACGCUAGCAAGUUGUUCCAUCGCAAUACACAAAUCCUGGAACUGACGACCAAGCGGACAGAAGAGCAAAGUCUCCACGAUGUGCUGUUCGACCUGAGCAGGACCGUUCUGAGGCAACACGGCAGCAUGACCAGAGACACUUUCUCAGGGCUCUCCGGUGAUUACCAGGACUAUGGUCUGAUCAUAGAUGGAGCGACACUGUCAGCUGUGCUAAAGCCGACACAGGACGCAACCAGCAAUAGUGGAAACUAUAAGGAGAUUUUCCUGGAGAUCUGCAGGAACUGCAGCGCUGUACUCUGCUGUCGCAUGGCACCUUUACAAAAAGCACAGAUUGUUAAGCUGAUAAAAGCAUCAAAAGAGCACCCCAUCACCCUGGCCAUCGGGGACGGAGCCAAUGACGUCAGCAUGAUUCUGGAAGCUCACGUGGGCAUAGGUAUCAUGGGUAAAGAGGGACGUCAGGCGGCUCGUAACAGCGACUAUGCAAUUACCAAGUUCAAACACCUGAAGAAGAUGCUGCUGGUUCAUGGACACUACUAUUACAUCAGAAUCGCUGAGCUGGUCCAGUAUUUCUUCUAUAAGAACGUCUGCUUCAUCUUCCCUCAGUUUCUCUAUCAGUUCUUCUGUGGCUUCUCUCAGCAGCCACUGUACGACACAGCAUAUCUGACCCUAUACAAUAUCAGCUUUACGUCUCUGCCCAUCCUGCUGUACAGUCUGAUGGAGCAGCACAUCAACAUGGACAUCCUGAAACGGGACCCCUCUCUCUACAGAGAUAUUGCCAAGAAUUCCCUCCUGACGUGGCCCACCUUCAUCUACUGGACGUUUCUGGGGGUCUUCGAUGCGGUGGUUUUCUUCUUUGGUGCUUUCUUCCUUUUCGACAACACAACCUUCACCAGCAACGGACAGCUAAUGGCCACCAACACACAGAUGAUGUUUGGAAACUGGACUUUUGGCACUCUUGUGUUCACUGUCCUGGUGUUCACCGUCACACUAAAGCUUGCACUGGACACACAUUACUGGACGUGGAUCAACCAUUUUGUCAUAUGGGGCUCUCUGCUUUUCUAUGUCAUCUUCUCCCUGCUCUGGGGAGGCAUCAUUUGGCCUUUCCUCAACUAUCAGAGGAUGUACUACGUGUUCAUGCAGAUGUUGUCGAGUGGUCCUGCGUGGCUCAGUAUUAUUCUGCUCAUUAUCGUCAGUUUGCUGCCUGAUGUGCUGAAGAAAGUGCUGUGCAGAGCUCUGUGGCCCACAACCACUGAGAGAAUACAGAAUGCAGAUAAGUUAUAUAAGGGCCACCUGUCGGAGUUCUCCCCGCUGACCUCCCUCCAUGCUCCACCUGCGCGGAAACACGAAAGACGUGGCAACGAACGCCAGAACCACGCCCACCGCAGGUCUGACUCCUCCCCUACCAAAAAACUCAUGUGUACCUACUGGGGGGGCAAGCCUGACUACUGCACCUUCAGCUCCUUCCUCCGAAUAGGAGAAAACCCACGAUUCUCCGGGGCAGCUUAUGCUUAUUCUGCACCGGGGCCCGAGACGUCUGUAUGAUAAACAAAUAGUCUAAUUAUUCAAUCAAAAUCGGCCUCGAUUAUGCCAAUAUUGGUCUCCUAAUCUUGACUUGUUACCCUUUAUUUAAAAAAAAAGAAAACACUGACAUGCGUUUCUAUCCACUUGUUUUGUUGUUUGCAUGUGGAAUACCAACACAAUCUCACAGCAAUUGG